AUGGACGGCAACGAUAUCGCAAACGGAAGCGAACGCGACGUCGCGUUUGCGUCGUCGGACGAUGAGGAGGUUGCACCACCCACCAGACGCCGGGUGUUUGAGCAUGCGGCGGCGUUCAAUUCGCUUCGCGCAGCAAAAGCCGGGUUCGAUUCAUUUGAUAGCAGCAUGUACAAGUUCUCUUUCAACUAUGGGAAGAAAGGUCACGGACAGUGUGUGUAUAAGUGCGUCUCACACAAAGACUGCGGUAAGCGGCUUCGACUACGCAAGGAUGGAGACGUAGAAUUCAAGAUACAACACGCAGGACAGCAUGGGGUGGACGAAGUUGCCGAUAUGUUGCUUGGCCGUGGUCCGAAAAAGUACCGCAAGAUUCUUCAAGAACGGAACGCUGUCCCAGAUGCGACCCAGCCCAAGAACCUUAAGGCACAUUUGAAGUCGUCGCUGGCAAAUGGAUGGGAGAUCAAGAAUAUUGUAAAAAAUUUUUGGACUUAUGAUGCCCAAACAUUCUGCAAGAACUCUAGAGAUUUCCGACACGAGUUUCUAGUUUUAGAAUGCUUCGAGCAUGCCAUCACCACUGAAAACGGCACGAAGGACUCGUGUUUUGGCCAUGUGGUAAAGUCGGACAAGUUUUCAGGAACGUACUCAACGCUCAUAAUGGUCAAUGCAGCGAUGGCAUCGUCGGUGUCACGGACGGAACCUACAGGCUCCAUUACGGUGGAUGGACUUUGGUUGGUUUCCGGACGAAUGGGUCUCACUACGACCGAACCCAGUACAGCAAAACAUUCCCACCGUGGGUUUACGUGUUCGUUAGUGCUGAGCAUCAGGUAG